UUGAGGAGAGUAUUGAAAAGCCAGGAAACAAUUAUUAUCGUGCUUUUUGAUAGUAGGAAAAUUAAAAUAAAUUCAGUUUAUGGUUUCAAGAUACAUACAUGCACAAAGAUUAAAAUUGUCACACUCAAAUAACUUUCGUACUCCACAUUUAUAAAAGUAACCCUAAAUUCUCAAUUCUAUUACCAUAUUCUCUUUCUCUUCCAAAAGUCAAAUACCAUAUCAUAUAGAAGUACUUAAAACGAGAAUGGCAAGAAACAAUGAGGGACAUGCCAUUGGAAUUGACUUUGGUACAACCUACUCCCGUGUUGCUGUGUGGAACGAGCAACGCAACAGAGCUGAGAUAAUCUACAAUGAAGCUUCUUUUGUUGCUUUUACUGAUGAUACAAAGUUGAUUGGUGAUUCUGCCAAAAAUCAAGCUGCCUCAAAUCCAUCCAACACUGUAUUUGGUAGUUUAUAUCUUGUUUGUUAUCAUUUUCGGGUUUUAUUUAUUUAAAAAGUACAAAUUAUCCAUCAUCCACAUUUUGAAUUUUGCAGGUGUAAAGAAGUUUAUGGGAAGAAAAUAUAGUGAUCCUAUAAUUCAGAACAAUCUACUGUCGUGGCCGUUUGGGAUCAUUUCUAGUAAAGAUGACAAACCCGUGAUCCUUGUUAAUUACAACGGUAAAGAAAAACACCUUUCUCCUGAAGAAAUAUCAUCUCUGAUAUUCAAAAAGAUGUUGGAUGUUGCAGAGGCACAUUUGAAGUCACCGAUAAAAAAUGCUGUGAUAACAAUGCCGGUUUAUUUUAAUGAUUCUCAGCGAAAAGCCACCAAAGAUGCUGCUGUCAUUGCUGGCAUCAAUGUAGUGCAAAUAAUUAACGAACCAGUUGCUGCUGCUCUUUCAUAUGGUCUUUAUAAUAAAGCGGUUUGUGCUGAAAAUAGAAAUAUUGUCAUAGUUGAUCUUGGAGGUGGAACAUUUGGUGUGUCUCUCAUCACAUUCAAGGAUUACAAGUUUGAAAUAAAGUUAGUGACAAAGACUCGAUUUGGAGGAGAAGGUUUUAUCGAUAGAAUGGUGAAACACUUUUUGAAGGAGUUCGAGAGAAAGCACAAAAUAGACAUUAGUAGGAACUCAAGGGCCCUGAGGAGGUUGAGAAACGAGUGUGAGGAAGUCAGAAACAAACUUUCAUUCGAUUUUGAUGCCACGAUUUUCAUAGAUGCUUUAUAUGAUGGAAUUGAUUUCUAUUCAUCGAUGUCUCGUGCCAAGUUUGAGCAACUCAGCAUAGACCUCUUUGAUAAUUUUAUGGAUACAAUUAAGAUUUGUCUUUCGGAUGCUAAGAUAAACAAUAGCAGUGUAGAUGAAGUUGUUCUUGUUGGUGGCUCAUCAAGGGAUCCCAAACUUCAGCAGCUAUUGCAGGAGUUUUUCAAAAAAGGGAAGCAUCUUUUUAGUAUAAUCGAUCCGGAUGACAUAGUUGCUUGUGGUGCAGCUAUACAAUCUGCUUUGUUAAGUGGAGGCCUUAAGAAUGUUCCACACGAAGUGAAUCAAUAUCUUACAAGGCUGUCUCUUGCACAACCAGAACCAGAGCCAAUACCAAGAAAUAUAGUGAAUGAUAAAAAAGUGAAUGUUACAAUUGAAGAUAACAAAUCUAAGAUCAUGAUAGAUUUUCAAGGUGGUGUUGGAAUUACCGUUAAUGCUCCUGGUUCGUUUAAUGUCUCACUUCCUGAUACUGCUCUAGUCCUUCCUAUCAAUGUUUGCUUUGCUACAGAUUCUGAUGGCAUGUUAAAUGUUUCUGCCGAGGUACAAAGUAUUUCCAAAGACAUCAAAAUAACAAAUGAGAAUGUAAGGGUGGAGUUUCGAAGUCCUUGUUAAAACUUUAUGUUAGUUCUAUGAUUUCUAUAUAAUUG